AUGCUUAUUUUCAGAAGUCAGAAACCCUAUUAUUUGGGGUCGAUAAAAACGUAUACAUAUAGGCCACAUGGAGUUAAUGCUAACUGCGCCGAAAAAAAACAACGAAAACGUCUAUUUUCAUUUAUUUUGUACAGUUAUUCAAUUCAAUUCAUUACUUUACCCAUGGAACGAAACAAAAAUCAUCUAAUUAUUACCUACAAAGAUAGGUUGUUGUUUAUGUCAAGAUUUCGCGGUAAAAUUAAAAGUAUUCCAGUUCACGUGUCAAUUAUUUUGUUUUGCAUGUGUGUGGGUUGUACAUAUUCGAUACAGCCAUCUCUUCUUGAAGAAAUAAUUCGUAAAAUGGUUGCUUUCACUUACGGGUCACCAUUCUCGCAAUUGAACCAUACCGUCGUGCAACAAUCUCUUUUUUUUCCAGAUAAACUUGGAUCAGAAAGUUAG